AUGAACGGGAUUCAAGCAGAUUCGGAAAAAAGGAUGACUAGAAGAACUAAUUCAAAUAGUCUAAGUAAUAACAGGAACAGAAUCAAACUGAACCAAAUUUCAAUUUUGAUCAAGAGGAUGAAAGGAAUGAUAAUAGAUGAUAACAUUCUACCACUGAUUGACUUGCAAAAGUUUCCGGAUGAAGAUAUGCCAAUACAGAUCACUAACAAAUAUCAUGCGUCCGGUAUCAUUCCUUCUUUUUUUUUUGCAAUGAUUUUGUCAGUGAACAAAGAUUGUUGUGGUAAAUUUUGUUUGGUUAUUUGUAAGAUGGAAUGGUAUAGCGAAAGACCAUUUUUGGUAUGA